CGAGCCCUAAGGGGCCCCUGACCGUGACUUCUCUCUCUCUCUCUCUCUCCCCAAUUUCGUCUUAUUUUAAGAAUUUUCCUUUCAAAUUUUAAUUUGGGUUCGCUGAUCGUUUACUACUGCCGCUUACCGAGUUUGUCCAAAGGUUGAGCGACGGAUAAGGAACCUUUCUGCUCGGACGACUCUUCUCUCUCUCUCUUGCGCGCGAGCUUAGGGCAUCGACUCUGUGCUGCAUACUUGCAAUCUCAUCUUCUUCGAUUGCAUUCGCAGGGAAUGGGGGAUUUUCCAAUUUUUUAAUUUUGAAUGUAUUUCAGAAUUUGUGCCAACUAAACAAAAUUCAUUCUAAGCUAUUUGAGUAAAAAGAUAAUUAAUUUAUACUUUCCAAAUGCAAUGGAUCUAAAAUUUCUGAUCCUAGAAUGGGCUGGAAUCCCAUAAUCUUAUAAUUAUAAUCCGAACCUAACAUAGCCUAUAGUUAGAAUCAUAAAUUUUGGGGGAGGUUUGUCUCACAAGCGAAGCUGAGGACUUUCUGAAGCCCAUGCAGUUUUAAAUGGCUCGUUUUCACUGAGGAGCUUCAGUUUCACAAAUUUAGAGGUCAUGAAUGUGCCUAUCAUUGACCCCUUGCAAGGGGAUUUUCCUGAGGUGAUUGAGGAAUUCCUGCAACAUGGGGUUAUGAAAUGCAUUGCCUUUAAUCGCCGAGGAACGCUUCUGGCAGCUGGUUGCUCUGAUGGAAGUUGUGUGAUCUGGGAUUUUGAGACCAGGGGGAUAGCGAAGGAACUUCGAGACAAAGACUGUAUUGCUCCCAUUACAAGUGUUUGUUGGUCAAAGUAUGGGCGGCACAUUCUUGUGUCAGCUACUGACAAGUCCUUGACACUUUGGGAUGUUGUUAAUGGGGAAAAGAUUACUCGAAUGACUCUGCAGCAAACCACACUGCAUGCUCGCCUGCAUCCAGGUUCACAUGCUCCUUCGGUCUGCCUGGCAUGCCCGCUAUCAUCUGCUCCCAUCAUUGUUGACUUGAAUACUGGAAGCACAACUGUGCUGCCGGUUUCAGUCUCUGACGCAGGCAAUGGAGCUGUCCCUCCAUCGCGCAAUAAGUUUUCAGAUGGGUCUCCUCCUUUCACUCCAACUGCUGCGUGCUUUAACAAGUACGGGGAUCUGAUUUAUGUGGGGAACUCCAAAGGGGAAAUACUCAUAAUUGACUACAAGAACAUCCAAGUACAUGGAAUUGUUCCCAUUUCUGGGGCAGCUGUGAUUAAAAAUAUUGUUUUCAGUAGGAAUGGGCAGUAUCUUCUAACAAAUUCAAAUGAUCGCACAAUCAGGGUCUAUGAGAAUCGUCUGCCCCUGAAAGAUGGAGCUAGUGCUGUUGAUGACAUAUGCAAGAGCAUGGAAGAGCUGCAGGGUGUUGAAAAGUUGAAGGUAGUUGGGUCAAAGUGCUUAGUACUUUUCAGAGAGUUUCAGGAUUCAGUCACUAGGAUUCAUUGGAAAGCACCCUGUUUCAGUGGUGAUGGUGAGUGGGUGGUUGGUGCUUCUGCUAGCAAAGGAGAGCACAAGAUCUAUAUAUGGGACACAGCUGGGCAUCUGGUAAAGAUCCUUGAAGGUCCUAAAGAAGCCUUGACAGAUCUGGCGUGGCAUCCUGUGCAUCCAAUUGUGGUCUCAGUUUCCUUUUCCGGCUUGGUUUAUAUUUGGGCUAAGGAUUAUACUGAGAACUGGAGUGCAUUUGCCCCAGAUUUCAAGGAGCUGGAGGAAAAUGAAGAAUAUGUUGAAAGAGAAGAUGAAUUUGAUUUGAUUUCAGAAGCUGAAAAAGUGAAAGAAUCAGAUGUUAAUGAAGAUGAUGAAGUUGAUAUCAUGACAGUAGAGAAGGAUUCAGCUUUCAGUGAUUCCGAUAUGUCACAGGAAGAACUCUGUUUCUUGCCAGCAGAUCCAUGUCCAGAUGCUGAGCAACAAGAUAAGUGUGUUGGAAGCUCAUCAAAGUUGGUGGAUAGCAAUCAUUGUGGAUCCCCUCCUUCGGAAGGGGCAGGACAGAAUGGGCAAGCAAUGCAGCCCGUGUCAAGUCCAGCAGAAGCAAUUGAUAAUUCUGUUGCAGAGGGUACAGGUGUGGCACACAUGAAAAGAAAGCGGAAACCUUCAGAGAAGGGGUUGGAGUUGCAGGCUGAAAAGGUCAGAAGGCCCAUUACAAAGAUCAAAGCUUCUAGUAAGUCAUCAAAAGUUAAGAACAAGUCUAUUGCUGCGCAAGAUACAGAUAUAUCUGAAUUUGUGGAUGAUGUAACUGAUGAGUACCAAUAGAUGAUUCCAACAGUUCUUAUUUUAAUUUCCAAAAUUUCAAUAUAUGAUUCCAACAGUUCUUUAUUUUAAUACCAAAAUUUCAUGUAUAAAAAGUAAACAGAGAUUUAUAUUGGUUUUA